AUGGCACGCAAGCGCUACCGCCAGCCUCGGUUCAGCUUAGCCGAAAUGCCAAGUUGUCUUGUCAGGUCUGUAAAUGCGUCCCGAUCUCGCAUGUCGGCUGUUUUUCCGCUGCUCGAGCGGUUCUACUCGUUUUUCCGCAGUCACUCGCUGCAUUUCCUCAAACCGGCGGGACGUUUGCAGUCUCUUGCACAAACAAACCCUCUCGAAGGCCAUUCAAUAAGUCGUCGAUCUUCCCACAUUCAUGCUUUGAGUCCUGGUCGUUCCGGUUUACUUGGUCUUCUGUCCCUUGUUGCUACACCUCCAGUAGGUUUUAUUCCUUUCUUUGCUCUACCGAAUGCAAUACAACCAGAAGUUGUAAAGGAAUGCAACCCAAUUUUCUCGUGUAGUCGACAGAAGAAUGCAAUUUUGUAA